CGGAAAUUACUAUAGAAAAUGGCUGCAGCGAUGGCAAGUAAUGAGGAUAUUUUCAUGUGUCCUAUUUGUUUGGACUUUCUGAAGGAUCCAGUGGCUCUUAACUGUGGACAUAAUUACUGUUUGGGUUGUAUUGAAGACUGCUGGAAUGAGGAAGACGUGAAGGGUGUUUACAGCUGUCCACAGUGUAGACAUACUUUCACCCAAAGACCCGUUCUAAAGAAGAAUAUUAUUAUUGCUGAGCUUCUGGAUCAAAUGAGGAAGAGCAGAAUACAAACUGCAGCUGCUGUUGAAUGUGCUGCUGGACCUGGAGAUGUGGCCUGUGAUGUUUGCAGUGGGAGAAAACUCAAAGCUGUCAAGUCCUGUCUGGAGUGCUUGGUAUCGUACUGUGACACUCAUUUAAAAGCUCACAAUGAACUUAUCCCAGGAAGAAAUCACACCAUGACUGAUGCCACUGGCCAGCUACAGGAGAGGAUCUGUCCCCAUCAUAAGAAGCCUUUGGAAAUAUUCUGUCGCACCGACCAGAGUUGCAUUUGUCUUCUGUGUACGAUGGAGGAUCAUAAAGGCCACGACACAAUCACGGCUAAGGCAGAAUGGAGUCAGCAAAAGGAGGGGUUGGGGCAGAGCCAGAGGAGAUGCCAGCAGAUAAUCCAGUUGAAGGAGAAGGAGCUGCAGGAGCUGAGGAAGGCUGUGGAGACUCUCAAGUCUGGUGCACAGACAGCAGUGGAGGAGAGUGAGAGGAUGUUUACUGAGAUGAUCCGCUCCAUUGAGAAAAGGCGUUCCAACAGGCAACUCUCCGGCUUCAUGCUCCGAGUGCGAGUGGCCGUGGCGGCAAGUGCAUUCUUAUCAGGCUGCUGCGUCCGUGUCAGACUUAAAUUCUAA